AUGCCAGUUAUACAAAGAAUUGUAAAACCUACUUCACAUAGAGGAAAAAGGGCAAUUUUGAAAAAGGAACCACAAUUAUUUGAAGAUGCUAAGCAAACUUUGUGCAUUAAAGGUGCUUCGACUAGUCAGCUUGUUACUGAUUGUAUGAAAGAUCUUUACGAUCUAAAAAAGCCAGAUGCACAAAUGAUGCAAAAGAAGAAUGACAUUAGACCAUUUGAAGAUGUCACUCGUAUUGAACAGUUCUGUCAAAAGUUGAACUCUCCUCUUUUCAUGUUUGCUUCACAUAAUAAAAAAAGACCUCACAAUCUUGUGAUGGGUCGAGUAUUCGAGCAUACUUUGUUAGACAUGGUUGAAUUUGGUGUUGAAAAUUAUAAAAGCUUAAAAGAGUUCAAGGUUGGAAAGAUAUCUACGGGUACUAAACCGAUAUUAAUAUUUAAUGGAGAAGUGUUUGAGAACAAUCAUGAAUUUGGGAGGAUAAGAAAUUUAUUGGUCGAUAUGUUUCAACGUGAAGUUGUGGGGAAAGUGAGACUGCAAGGCUUAGAGCAUGUUUUAAGUUUCACUGCUGUUGACAAUAAGAUAUUGCUGCGAAGCUACAGAAUACAACUGAAAAAAUCGGGAACUAGAAUUCCUAGAAUCGAAUUGGAAGAAAUUGGACCUCGUAUGGAUCUUGAAAUAAGGCGUACAAAACUUGCAGCAGAUGAUCUUUUCAAACAAGCAUGCAAAAAACCAAAGGAACUUAAAGUGAAGAAGAAGAAGAAUAUAUCAAAGAACACGUUAGGCACAACCCUAGGACGUAUACAUAUAGGAGCGCAAAAAUUGAAUAGUAUACAAACAAGAAAAAUGAAAGGCCUGAAGAAAACAGUAGCAGAAAGAAAAGCUGAACGCAAGCGAAAGAGUCUAGAGGCUGAUGCGACAAGUCCAAAAAAAAUUCGUAUCUCCAAUGGUAACGUUACAGAUUAAAGAAUGACCAAGCUGUAUAUUAUUUUCAAUUGUGUAUUUAAUAAUAAAAUUUUUGUUAUCAUUAA